AUGGAUGCAGGCGGAGAUGUUUUCUUCAUUGGCGUCUAUGUGGACGACAUUGUUUUGGCAGGACGAUCCGAUGAAAGAAUCAAAGAUGUAAAGGAUGCAAUCGCCAAGAAAUUUGAAAUCAAAGACAUGGGACAACUUCACUAUUUUCUGGGCAUGACUGUUAUACAAAAUGAGACAAAAAACUCUGUCUGGAUUGGUCAGCCAACCUAUACCGAAAAAUUUUUAGAGAAGUUUGGAAUGCAGGACUGUAACCCUGUUGGCACUCCAGUAGAUGUCAGCUCAAAGUUGUUAGCAGCAUCAAGUGAAGACGAAGGUAUUGAUCAACAAUUGUACCAGUCUGUAGUUGGAAGCCUAAUGUAUCUAUCUGUGAGUACAAGGCCGGAUAUAACGUACGCUGUAGGCAACCUGGCUCGAUACACUUCCAAACCAACUAAAGCUCACUGGACAGCACUGAAACGUGUGCUGCGUUAUCUUAAAGGUGCGACACACUAUGGUAUUCUAUACAGUCGGAACGAAUCUACUAUUUGUGUUGGAUACUCUGAUUCUGAUUGGACUGGAGAUGUCAAUGACAGAAAGUCCACAUCUGGUUACCUGUUUCAAGUAAGUGGAGGAGCAGUUACAUGGAAAAGCAACAAACAAAGCUGUGUUGCGCUCUCAACAGCCGAGGCCGAGUAUGUAGCUCUCUCAAGUGCCGCACAUGCAAGAGUCAGUGUUGCUCAGAAAAAUUAUCGCCGAAUUGGGGAGUCCUCAAACAACCCCAACUACGAUUUAUGA